CUGCCAGACAGACACACAGACACGAUGGUCCGGAACGCACAAGCCCAGGCCGCCUGCCUCCUGCUCCUCCUCCUGGUCAGCCUGGCCAGCACCUUCACGCUCCAGCAACAGGCAAGCCAGCACACAGACUUGCGGAGCCGGGGUACCGUGGAACCCAUGAGCGAGACAGACAUGACGCCGAUCGAGCGGAGACUCUGGAAGCGUGACACCCACUUCCCCAUCUGCCUCUACUGCUGCAAUUGCUGCAGAACCCACAAAAGAACCUGUGGGUUCUGCUGCCGGUCGUAGGGGCCAGCGCACUCCAUGCCCCAGUGUACCUCGUUUCAGCCCGCUGCUGCCCUCCAGCUCCUUGAAUGUCUCCAAAUAAAAUGUCUGUCUCUGUCUUUUUUCAA